AUGAUGGCUGGAAAUGGUUUAUUUUAUCCGUUAUUUGGUUUUGCGUCGGUUGUGCUUUUGAUUUACAUGUCAUUUGGGGAUGUAAAGAUGGGUUUUGAGGAAGAUGUUGAAUUGAGUUUUGUGGAGAGAAAGGGUUCUCAGUUUGUGUUGGAUGGGAAAGCUUUUUACAUUAAUGGGUGGAACUCUUAUUGGUUUAUGGUUCAAUCGGUGGAUCAUUAUACUAGACCUAGGGUACGUGAAAUGAUGAGUGCUGGGGCUAAAAUGGGUUUAACUGUUUGUAGAACUUGGGCUUUUAAUGAUGGUGACUAUAAUGCCCUUCAGACUUCACCUGGUGUUUUUAAUGAAGAAGCUUUCAGGGCCUUGGACUAUGUCAUAGCGGAAGCCAGGAGACAUCGAAUUAGGCUACUUCUUAGCUUAGUAAAUAACUUGCAAGCAUAUGGUGGGAAGGAUCAAUAUGUGAAGUGGGCAUGGCAAGAAGGAGUAGGGUUAAGUUCAUCUAAUGAUUCGUUCUUCUAUGAUCCAUCAAUAAAAAGUUAUUUCAAAACUUAUGUCAAGGCUAUUCUUACAAGAAAGAAUACUAUUACUGGAAUUGAAUAUAGACAUGAUCCUAUCAUUUUUGGUUGGGAAUUGAUUAAUGAACCUCGGUGUUUAACUGAUCCUUCUGGCGACACUCUCCAAGAGUGGAUAGAGGAGAUGUCAACUUUUGUCAAAUUGAUCGACAAGAAACAUCUGGUGACUAUUGGGCUUGAAGGUUUUUAUGGUCCUAAUGACCCGAAAAGGUUGACUGUCAACCCACCGGAGGGAUGGGCGUCCAGACUUGGAUCUGAUUUUAUUAGGAACUCUCAAACUUCAAAUAUUGACUUCACUUCUGUCCAUAUCUAUCCUGACCAUUGGUUUCAUAAGCAAAAUUUUGAAGUCUAUAUGAAAUUUCUCACCAAGUGGAUGCUUUCUCACAUUGAAGACGGUGAUAAUGUAUUGAAGAAACCUGUUUUGUUUUCUGAAUAUGGAUUAUCAGACACAAUCAAGAACUUUUCACUGGCUGACCGAGAAAGGAUGUACAAAACAAUAUUAGACAUAUCCCACAAAUCUGCUAGGAGAAACCAGUCCGGAGCAGGUGCUUUGGUUUGGCAGUUCUUAGUCAGCGGAAUGUCAGAUUUGAUUGAUGAUUUCGGAAUGGUACCGUGGGAAAGGCCAUCAACCUAUUCAUUAUUUAUUCAACAUUCAUGCAGAUUAGCUCAUGUGAACAAGGGAUUGACUCAUCAGAACCCAAGUUUCAAACAAGUGUGUUAG